AUGUCAACAGAAAAUGGUGCCGAAUCUGAGGUUGACGAAGGAGAGCUUAUCAAGAAGAAAUACGAGAGGAAAGAAGCCACGGCUCUGGAAAACGCUCGCAAAAUCGAGAAGAACUUGAAAAGUAAGUUCUUUGCUUUGAAUUUUUGAAUUGAAUAAGAAAAUAUUUGUUUUCUGGUAUGAAAACUCUCACCAUCGAUGAAGGAGAUCACGGCAACGUAUACGAGCCGUACAUCCCUCAAUCUCAAGCGGUUCGGUUGUCCGAGGAAGAAGCGUCCAGAGUUAUGGCGGAACUCAGUUCUAUGACUAUCACAGAGCUUAGAAAGGCUCUUUCUAAUAUUGGCAUCACUUCACUGUAAGUAGGAACGGAUGGUUUUUUCUUAUCAAAAUUUUUUUUAAGGAAGAACGAAGGAUCGAAAAAAGUGCUCCGAAAACGUGUGGCGACCGAGUACGGACGCCGGAUAAACAAUCAGCAAAGAAAACAGAAGUUUUUCACAAAUAAAACGGCUCGACUCUUUGACUACCUAGUGGUUUGGAGAAAAUUGACAGAUUUAAGGAAAAAGGAAUUUCUCAGGUGAUGGAUUUUGAGUGCACCUGCAUUGAGAUAAUUUACGAUUAUCCUCACGAAAUAAUUGAAUUUCCGGCCGUUCUCAUUGAUUUGAAGGAACUUAAAAAGGUCUUUAUCUGAUUUAAAAGGAAAAUUGUUAGUUAUGAAAUUUAGGUCGAUGAAUUCCGAACGUAUAUCCGGCCACGGUUGAACCCAAUUCUUGACCCUUUCUGCAUCAAUUUUACAGGUUUGCUUCAUUUUUCUUCAGAAAAACCUCAAAUAUUUCAGGAAUCACUCAAGAAACUGUGGACGCGGCACCUCCUUUCCACGAAGCUCUAUUGAAUUUUUACGAUUGGAUGGAUAAUGCCGGGCUUUUCGAUAAGAAUGUCCGCUUCGCCUUUGUUACUGACGGGUUUUUUUUUAAUCUUAAAACUAAAAAUAAAAUAUUUUUCAAGGCCUCAUGAUAUCUGGAAGUUCCUACAGUUUCAAUGCAACUUGGUAAUUUUUUUUUUUCAAAAUCAAAAUGAUGAAAAAUUUGGUAUUAGGACGGAAUGAAGCUGCCGCACAUUUUUCGGUCCUACAUCAACUUGAAGCGAAUUUUUGAGACCAAAGUUGCGCCGUUGCAAAAAGGGCAAGGGGUUUCUCAAUGGGAAGAAUUUGAAUGAUCAAUAAUCAAAGUUCAGCAAUCGGGGAUCCAAAAAAUGUUGAAUCAUUUCGAUUUGACGUUCGAAGGAAGCGCCCACAGCGGCCUGGAUGAUGCGACGAAUAUUGCCCGGAUCGCGAUUGAAAUGAUCAAAAAAGGGAUCGAAUUGAGGGUUAGUCUUACAAAUAGCACUAUAAAAAUGUUACCUGGAAGUCUUGUUUCACUUUGAAAAAAAAAUUAGAAGACCUCAAAUUAAGUUAUGCAUGGCUUAGCAAGAAAAAAUUGCUCCGUUCUUUUUCAUUCUGCUGGUUGAAAGUUAAUAAUGGUGUAGUAGUUGCUAUUUAAUCAUAAGUGACGGAAUUUCUUAAAACUGUGGUUUUCAAAAGAUUGACUUCGUUAAUUUUUAAGUAAUUUAGAAAAUUCAUGCUUUUUCAUUUUGUAAGUCUCAAAAGUACGAAAAAACAGGGUUUCAAGAAAAUGUUUAAAAAAUGCUUCAAUUACUUGAGUACACUUGUAGCUUUGUCUAUUCUCAAAGGUUAUCCUUUAAAAUUAUUCUGGUUAUCAGAUUCUAAGAUUUUUUUAGAAUUUUACGUUUUUUUCAGUGAAAACGUAAGCCUAUUUUAUGCAUAGAAAAACGUGUUUUUAAAACUAAAUUUUUUUAAUAAAAUGAUUAAUUUUUUUCUGAAUCUUUCAAAUUUUCAGAUCAAUGAAAGAUGCGCCAAGAAGAACUCGGCGGAAGAGGUGAGCAUAUUUUUUUUCUUGUUUCCUUGGCUCAACUUUGAGACCCAACUUCUGAAAAAGGAGAAAAAACCUUUAAAAAAGUCACAAUGAUGAAUUUAGUCGUUCUUCUUUAAGAGAGAACUGUCGAAAAAGCCCCCAAACGAGGCGCAAAAAAUGUCGGACAUGCACAUUUGGCGAAAAAAACUGCCUCUUCGGUAUAUCCACGUGACGCGAAAAGAAUUCCUCGAUGAAGAUUUCGCCGAUUGCUCGACUUGUGAUGAUGAGGAGGACGAAAUUGAACAGGUUUUUUUCUUGAAAAAAUUCAUGUAAUUAAUGAAUUUCAUGCCGUGUUCAAUUUGAUUCCGCGAAAUGCAAAAUACUUGUUUGAGAAAGGAAAAGAUCACUAAAUUUUGGAGAGUCAGAGAUAUUUUUGCAUUUCGCGUAAUCAAAUUGAACACGGAAUCAAAAAGCCGUUCUAAUAAAAUUCUGAAGUUAAAAUUUCUCCACCUAAAAUGGCCAGAAUUCGCAAUUCCUGUGCGAAGCGGUCGCGAUGCGUUUCGGCGCGAAUUUGAAUUCUUUGACCUUUUUAAGUUAUCCUCAGGUUUGCUCCUCAAUAAGUUAUCAUCCAAAUUAAAAAUUGAAAAAAGUUAUUUUAGAAUUUCAUAUCAAAUAUAGUCUAUUUUGGCGGCUUGAGGAAUUUCUCUGCGCCCUCCUCGUCUCUCGACCCUCUCAUGUUGAGGUGCUAUUUUCUUAUUUCUCUGGGCUCGCCGGUGAGAGAACAGAGACGCAGACACGCGAAAACUGUCAAAGCGCGCCGGAUUCUCUGUAAAUGAAGAUAGUUUCCAUAAAAAAAUUAAACUAAAGAGAGAGGAUUUGAAUUGGCGCCAAAACGCAUCGCAGCCGCUCCGCGCGUGAACUGCAAGGUCUCGCCGUUUCAAGCCGAAAAUUAACCCUGUGAUUUAAAAACCAUUUUGUGACUUUUUUCAGUUCCUCAAGUCGGUGAGGGAAGAAAGACAACGAAAACAAGAGGCCGAGUUGAGAUCGGCUUCAACGGAUGAAACCAGCGAGGAUCUUCUGACAAAUGUCCGUAAAAUAAAGAAAAAAUCCUGACAAAUCGGCAAUUUUAAGACUGAUACGGCGACGGUGAGCACUGUUUGGAAAGAAGAGGACGAAUUUUUUUCGGCUGAAGAAUCGACGUUUUCCGACACCUCGUCGAGUAAUUGAAACUUUCUAGUCGCAUUUGGAAUGGCUCGCGCUGCGGUUUCAGUUAGAAUUUCAAAGCGUCGCAGCCGCUCCGCAUUGAGCCAUUCUCCCUGCGACCAAAAUUUGCUCAAGUUUCGACGAGUUCAGUAUUGGUUGUUUAAAAAAAGUUACGGGUACAUUUCGAUAGUCAUUUUUAUUGUUAUUUGUUUUCCCGGGGAUAAAUGGAUAUUUUGUUUUUUAAUUGAAAUAUUUGGAGUCAAUUCCUUCAUUUCACUUCCCAUGAAUUCGAGUAUUGAUUUUCGGAGCAAAACAUUUUGAUCAGCUACAGUUUAUAGACAGAUUUGAAGAAACUGAACGUUCGGAGGCGCAAAAGUCUAAGCUUUUCGUUUCAAGACUUUUAAAACUUCAGCCCAUGCUCCUUUAAAAGCGUCAGAAAGCUUUUAUGAAUGGAGCAAUGAUCUUUGUCCGAAAAGAGUAGGAAGUUUCGAAAGAGUUUAAAAUAGAGGAGCAGGAAGUUCUUCACGUGAACCUUUCCUCUACGUCACAAAACAGAGCGCAGUGACGUCACGACGCCGCAUUUCGUCACCUCGGAGUGUUCUCCGGGUCGGCGAGAGAUUGUUUCGGGUCUGACUCAGUCGGAACUUCCAGUUCAAACGGCCUCCAGGGCCUUCCAGACGGCGAGGCCACCGGUCCCGGUCAGAGUCGCAGACAACCACCCGCCCAUUCUCGUGUUCGGACUCGCUUUCCGGCUUUUCCAUUGUUCUUUCGCCCUUUUCAAAGUCAGUUUCUGA